AUGUGCCCGGAGCGCGCACGGGGGACAUGCCGGGGUGGGCGCUGGGGACGGCGCCGGGAGCGGCCGUGGGGGCACGGGCAGGGCGGGGCCCUGGCGGAGGGGCGGGGCCCUGGCGGAGGGGCGGGGCCCUGGCGGAGGGGCGGGGCCCUGGCGGAGGGGCGGGGCCCUGGCGGAGGGGCGGGGCCCUGGCGGAGGGGCGGGGCCUGGCGGGGCGGGGCCUGGCGGAGGGGCGGGGCCCUGGCGGAGGGGCGGGGCCCUGGCGGAGGGGCGGGCCCUGGCGGGCGGCGGAGGGGCGGGGCCGAAGGGAAAGGCGGUGGAAAGGCAGGCGGCAAAGCCGGCAAGGGCGGCGACAGCGGCGGCAGCAGCAGCGAGGGCAAAGCGCAGGGCCCGAAGGGAGGCGGCAGCUCCGUGAAGGUCCGGCACAUCCUGUGCGAGAAGCACGGCCGGGCCAUGGAGGCCAUGGAGAAGCUGAAGUCCGGGCAGCGCUUCAGCGAGGUGGCGGCGCAGUACAGCGAGGACAAGGCCAGGCAAGGGGGGGACCUGGGCUGGAUGAGCAGAGGCUCCAUGGUGGGACCAUUCCAGGAGGCAGCGUUUGCCCUGCCUGUGAGCAGCAUGGACAAGCCUGUGUACACAGACCCUCCGGUCAAGACCAAGUUCGGGUACCACAUUAUCAUGGUGGAGGGCAAGAAAUAAAAUGUGAAUGACCGUGA